AUGGGCCCACUUCAGGACAUUUGUGUUGCAAUUGAUGACCACAAGUCUGAAACUGCUGUGUUCGUCAAUGGAAAAUUCUGCAAGGAUUUGAAGUAUGCCGAGGCUAAAGAUUUCUUUUUCUCUGGGCUCCAAAAUCCUGGGAAUACAGACAAUCGAGUUGGGUCAAAUGUCACUACUGUGAAUGUGGACCAAAUACCAAGCCUCAACACUCUAAGUAUAUCUUUGGCUCGUAUUGACUACGCACUAUAUGGCCAAAAUUCUUCCCACACUCACCCUCGUGGUACUGAGAUUUUGGUAGUCGUAGAUGGUUCUCUCUUAGUUGGAUUUGUCACAUCCAACACUGAGAACCGCCUUUUCACCAAAGUUCUAAACAAGGGAGAUGUCUUUGUGUUCCCAAUUGGUCUAAUUCACUUCCAGUUCAAUGUGGGACACUCCAAUGCUCUAGCCUUUGCUGCUUUGAGUAGCCAGAAUGCAGGUGUCAUCACGAUUGCAGACACUGUAUUUGGAUCUGAUCCUUCCAUCAAUCCUGAUUUUCUCGCCAAGGCCUUCCAACUUGACAAGAAUAUUGUUGAAGAUCUUCAGAAAAAGUUCGAAUGA